CUUUGCUUUUCCGGUUAAGAAUUAUUAAAAACCGAAGUGCCCAAGCGCAUUAUAACAAGUGUGAAAAUUAUAGCCGGCUUGGAUAAAAGCUUUGUAUUACAUUCGUUCGUAAAUUUGAAGCCGCAGCCGUUCAUUGUUGCUUCUGACACAAAGUAAACCUAUCAAGCGCCGCCAUGCUUGAUUGGGCUGGGAUAUUUCUACUGCUCCUGUUGGCCACCUGGUCGCCCUGUCAAACCGCGCAAAAUAACAACCUGCCGCAUCCCGGUUGCUCCUUUGCAGAUUCGCAUCUAAUCUGUAUGGAACAAAAUCUCGAAAUUCCAGCCGAUUUUGAUGUUGAUCUUAUUCCAUCACAGACAACGUCGAUAGGUAUCGCGUGUCCAACUUCUUACGAUUUCACUUACUGCAACGUCAUGCAUGAAAAUUGCGAGCCUAUUCCCGUUCGUCCUUUAAUAUACGGAGUUGGGCUGUACGGGUUCAGAGCCAGCGGAACUAAAAGAGCGCCUUACGAGGAAUUUUUACGGAACAUCAGACACCAGAUAAAGGCACUCCAGAUCUUUAACAGUCAAAUUGGCUACUUGGACAAGGAGUUCUUUCGGGGAUUUCAGUUGCUUUCUCACCUCAUGCUAUAUUUCAACGAUAUCCGCACGAUCCACCCCAAUGCCUUCCAGUUGUUAACAUAUCCCCAUGUCCCGGUGUUGAACGCGGGCGUUAUUCCGAGCCUUGAAUUUGUCGAACUGCAAUAUAAUGCCAUUCAAGAAAUCGAUUGGUCGGUCUUUCAGCCGGUCGCACAAACGAUUGUGAAAAUUUAUUUGCAAGACCAAAAUCCUCCCCUUAAAAGCCUCAAACGCAGCGGAAGCCACUUUUCGUUGUUUUUGCAAACCCUGGAUAUGAAGGGAAACAGUAUACAGACGGUUCCGAAGGAUAUUUUAAGCACUAUUAGCAGCUCUGAGCGGCCCAGUCCAUGGACAUCUGCAGAGUAUAAUUUUGAGGGGCAUAACCUUUGCCCAUCAAAAAGCGACUGCUCAUGCUGCGAGCUGGAGGAAUUUAUGGAAUGGACAGCUAACUUCCAGAAAACAACCUCAGGAUCCGGUCACACUGUGUACUUCACGUGUAAUGCAUCACGUUAUGAUCAAAGCACACGGUUUCCGCUCAACUUGCACAGCCACUGCCCGAAGUCAACAUUGCCCGGGAGAAAUACAACGUGUUACGAAACACCACCCGUUGAAAUUACAUGCCGAGAUAACGGAGAGCUGUCGACAAGCGAACCUGAUCUACCACGCAGCGACGCAUUCUCCCUUCGCGUUUCCGUAGCCAACGGUUUCCGCUGCCGCUUGUUUCUUUACGACAUUCACACGAAGAUUCUACAAAUGGCUGAAACCGUUCGAUCCACAAAGAAGUCUUCGGACACAGUAGCGGCGGUAUGCCGUAAGGGAAACAUUACUGUCGAUAUUUGGGAUGCUGAAGCGGCAGAUGUGACAGCGCUGACGAUGCACAGCGAUGCAAGUCCGUCAUGUCAAGAAAAGCUCCACCACUUCCUGGACUUUGUUUACACGCAGAAGCCUCAAAGUCUACAUAGCAGUAUCGUACCACCGGUUGUUCCUAUCAAUCGUUGGGUUGAUGAAUUCCAAAUCUGCACCGAUACACCGCCCUUAACCAUCACCUGCAACGAAACCACCGCGACAUUCAUGCCCAGCAAUUUUUCGUCCAGUCACACGACGAAGUUGGUCUUCGCAACUAACCAGAUUUUCCGGUGCAGAGUGAUUUUGAAUAACGUUCACAAGUAUCUGCUCGAGCAGAAUAAUACAGUUAUCGAGGACGUCGCCACGCAGCAGCAAUCUGCAGCUAGCUCCUUAAUUGCCGUUUGCCAAAAAGGUCGUGUUGUUCUGUCGAAAGGAGCACCGGAACAGUCGGCCUUCUCCACGCUGGAGUACUACACCGCGCCCAACCCAAUGUGUCGCAGUGCCUUUCAGAAGGUCGUCGGCCGCUUGGCAGGGAUGCUGGAUAUCGCCAUUCCAUUUUAGCAACGGAACUGCUUUCAGCUCGAACUUGUUUUCAGUUUUAUGGAUUGAAACUUUUUAGCAUUCAAGAACCUUAGCCGGUGACUGAUCCUGGAGUGCUGUUUUUGCAUUUGGCCUUUAAUUCGAGUAGUUUUCCAUAAUUCCAACGUGAUUCAAAGAUGCUAACAUUUUCGAAACUAAUUUCAACCAUCAGUUUACCAGAAAAUAUACUAUAAUUACAAUUUACAAUUUUUUUUGCAAGAUUCCUUUAAAGAAAGUAUGCUGUGAUUCCUUUGAAUAUAGUUUUUAACAGAAGAGCCUACACUA